GGCGAACCAUGAACAGACAAAUCAAUAUGACCUACAGGUCAAGCUCUUUCCUCCCUCCAGACUGACUUCUCUCCUUCUUCCUCAACCCCUUUGAGAAAGUGUCUUUGUGCAAAGACUCUGACAAUGUCGACAGAUUACGAGAAAUACCGAUACAGAGGCCCCGGCGAGGCUGAUGGUGCCGGGCCUGACGGUCUCUCAUCGACUCGCGUUGGCGAUGAUUCACCAACUGACGGUGCAGGCUACCAAGACCACGAUGUCUUCGGCGACGAAGCAAAUGCCGCAAUCCGCUACAAAACGCUAUCAUGGCCAAUGGUAGCCUUGCUCAUGAUCGCCGAGAUUGUGUCUAACGGCAUGCUAUCCCUUCCGGCAGCCACGGCUGUGGUUGGCAUCGUCCCUGGUGUGAUCCUGAUCGCCUUUCUCGGCGUAUUUGCAUUGUAUACGUCUCUCAUCCUGAUCGACUUCAAGAUGAAUCAUGGCGAGGUCCACAACAUGGGCGAUGCGGGACUAAUUAUGGGCGGCCCGAUCUUGCGAGAAAUCCUUGCAGGAGGUACCGUAAUCUUCGCAGUGUUUGCAACCGGUUCACAAUUGCUGGCCGGUCAAAUCACCCUGAACGUCCUCUCCGACGGCAAACUCUGCUUGAUGUGGUAUACGGGCAUCUUCGCCAUCCCCACACUCCUGCUCUCCUUCCCACGAACGCUGGACCAGCUCUCAUGGCUGUGCAUCCCCUCAUGUCUCUGCAUUUUGGUCGCAGGCAUCGUUGGCAUGGCAGCUGCUGGCGCAUAUCCGGCUCCUGACCGACAUAUCGUCAUCGCUCAGUCAGCGAGCUUCUACGACGCAUUCGUGGCCAUCACGAAUCCAGUGUUCGCGUACGCCGGACAUUUCAUGUUCUUCAUUCUCAUCUCGGAAAUGCAUUCUCCCAAAGACGCGAAGAAGGCUGCCUGGGUCCUACAAACGUUCGCCACAUCUUUCUACAUCGUCUUCACGAUCGUAAUGUACAUUUAUCUUGGGCCGUCAGUGCAAUCACCAGCGUUCUCCUCCCUGCCCACGAAAUGGGCCAAAGCCACAUACGGGAUUGCACUACCCAACUUCCUCAUAGCCGGGAGCCUGUACUCACACACCGCCGCGAAAUUAUUCUUCAUCCGCAUGUUCCGACGGACCCGCCAUCUGCACCAACACACCUUUCUUGGCUGGGGAACAUGGACCAUUCUAAUCAUCCUAGCCAAUGGCGCCGCCUUUGUCCUCGCCGUUGGGGUUCCCAUUUUUGCGUACCUAGUGUCUAUCGCUGCGAGUCUCUUCGCAAGCUGGUACACCUACGGCAUUGCCGGCGCGUUCUGGCUUUACGAUGCCUACCACGGUUUCGAUAAAGGUCCACUCCGCGGCGUAUAUGGCUUUGCGGCUUGGAAGAAGUCUCCAAUCAAGGCGGUGGCGAACAUCGCGACUUUUUUUGCUGGGGCGUUCAUCUGUGUGGCAGGAACAUAUGUUUCCAUCAAGCUCAUCAUCGAUGCAUAUAACAGUGGCAGUGUCGGUGCACCGUUCGCGUGCUGAGAGAUGCACGAUCCUGUACGCAAUUAUGUUUAGACGAUCUUAUGUCCGCUUCAAGAUGAGCCACUCCUUCAAUUGAUGAUACGGAGUUAUAUAGCACCAGCGUUUUAUCUCGCCUAAAUUUAGACGGGUUUA